UGUGGAAAUCAAGAAAAAUCAGAUUAGAAGAAGACAGAAACUCAUUCGAAUAGAGGAUCGCCGACCCCUGGGGCCGGACUUUGAAGGCGUGUUGGUGCUUGAGCGGUGGUUGAGCGAGUGAGCCAGAUCUAGCCUCCUCCACCAUGAGUGUGAUCCAGAUAUGUCAGGAUUUCAAGGAUACCUUGGACUUGUUCCGCCAUCAAAGCCUGUAUUUGAAGCCCAUUUCCCGCAUGAACAUCUCGGUGCAACUGCCGCAACUCAAGAAAUCCGGGGCCAAGAUCUCCAAUUGGGAAGUCAUGGAGAAGGUCAAGGAGAUGGCCAAGCCUUUCCACUUUCCCGUGUUCAAGGUGGUCAAAUCAUCCUUGGAGUUCAUUCGUUUUGAGGCCGAGAUCGAGAAUUACGGCUGGAUGGAUCAGGUCUUGGCCAAGAUCGACAUGAAAACCAUCAAAUUGAGUGGCUUUCAGGAGCUGCUGAAAGUGCGGGCAGCCGAAUCACGGCCUCCGUUUCCCACCCGACAAGAGUGGGACAGCUACUUCCGCGAGAAUCGUGCCAUGAACGAGAUGAAAGCGGGUGAGAGGCCAGACACGGUCUACAUCAAGAACUUGCCUUGUCAGUGGUUCCUCAACUCGCAAGACAAGUCCGGCAUGGCCAAGGACAAACCCAGCGAAUACGUGCUCAAGAAAGUGUUUGCCACUUUCGGCGAGAUUCGGGCCGUGGAUAUCCCCAUGCUGGAUCCCUAUCGGGAAAAGAUGAAGUCGACCAUUUCAGGGAUUCAAAUUUUCACUUUUGGUCAGGAUUUGGUGUUUGAUGCCUACAUUCAGUACAAAGAAUAUAUCGGUUUUGUCAAGGCCAUGAAUUCUCUCAAAGGCAUGAAGCUUUUAUUUAAGGAUCGCUUCGAAGAGAGAGCCUGGGUGGCCAAUAUUGUGGUAGAUUUUGAUCGCACCAAGCAUUUGGCUGAAUCCACAAUCAAACGAAGAGCCUUAGAGCGCGAAAAACUGGCCCAAAAAGAGAGGGAAUUAGAAGAAACCGAGAGGAGAAAAGAAGAAUUGAGGGAAUUGAAGCGAUCAGACGAAUUGCGCCGAAUGGAGAAAGAGGAGCGUGAGGAAGCGGAACGCAAAGCAGCCUUGAAAGGUGUGAAAGAAAAGCGAAGAAUGGAACGGGAAGAGCGACGACGACAACGCAAACUCGAACAAAAACUCCAUUACAACGAGGAGGAGGUGGCUGAAAAGAUUGCGUUGGAAGAGAGAAAACUCCUAAUUGCCCAGAGAAAGCUGGAGAGCAUCCGGCUUCUGGAUGAGCUGCUCGACCGGGUCAAGGCCAUGAAACAUCGUGAAAACGAUGUGAAGAAUUUGGAGAAAGACUUGUUGAGGACGGCUGCCAAAGAAGCCAAGGGCACGUUUGCCAAAGCGGCCACCAUUUUAAGUACAUCCUUCAAGGAUCAGGAUGAGAAGGCACUCCGCGAUAAACUUGUUCAACGUCUCAAGCAGAAGGAGCUCAAUCGAAUGGAGCAUUUUGGGGAUCGGCUCCGGCGAACACAGGGAUUGGUUUCGAAUUCGGAUUCCUCAUCAGAUGGUUUGGAGGACAUAUCUGAUGAAGAGAAUGUGGAGGAGAUGAAGUCAAAUGAAGACUCAGACGAUGAGAAAGAAGACAUUGAUGGUGAUGAGGAAUUGGCUCUCACUUCGACCGAUGAAGAAGAGUUUGAGAAGAAGGAACGGCUCCGGAGGCAACGAAAAAAAGAAAAGAAAAAGGAUAGGAAACGGAAAGAGAAGGAAGAGUCCAAGAGAAGAAGAAAGGAAAUUGAAUCGCAUGUUAAGGUGGCCCAAAAUAUUGCCGACAGGGAUAAGCGAUCACGAUCUCGGGAGAAAAGGCAUUCCAAUUCUAGAGACGACGAAUCUCGUCAUGGCAGUCGAAGACGUCAAGCUCAUAUGGAUGAAGAGCAGACAGUCUCAAGCUAUCGGGAAAUUCGAGCUGAAGAACGCCUUCGAAAACGUCUGGAAGAGAAAGCGGCGGCCAAGCAAGCAGAGCAAGCCAAAGAAGAACUUUACGACCAAAUGGUCAAUCCGCAUCUUUAUGGGGAGGGUCGUUCCGGCCAUCGCCGCUUAAAACCGGGUGAACAUUAUGAAGAUGUGCAAAAGAAAGAAUUAGAAGAGCAAAUUCGAAUUCGAGAGCGUUUGGAACGCGAUAAACGGCGACAGCAACAGCGACAGCAACAACAACAACAGUCCAUUCAGAGAAGAGAUCCACGUCAUUACGACCAUCAAAGUUUGAAUCGGUCUCGUUCUCGAGAAAAUCACCACGGAUCUCGUCGUUAUGAGAGGGAAAGUCAGAGUCGAAACCGAGAGUAUCGUGCUCCUCGGAAUGAAGCACGAUCUCACGAUAACCCAAGAUAUCGCACUCAUGAUAGCCGGGAGGACUAUCCAUCACGAACAUAUCCCGAUGCCAGGUCAGAGUCUGGCCAUCGGCGAAUGCGCCGAUGACCUACGAGUUUCUUGCUCUGCCAAUGUGAUUCCUUACAGCACUAUUGAAAUAAUUGAAAACAGAAAAAUCUGAAUAA